UCUUGUGUGCGGUGCAGAGGAGUGUAACAACACCAACAAUGCAGAGACCCGGCAAAGGGAAGACUCCUCGGAGGCCCGGCCCAAAAAAGGCAUCCAACAUAGAGAAAGAUCCUGUUGGAGUAUACUGCCGUAUACGUCCACUUGGAGCAGAAGAUGAGGAGUGUUGUAUUGAGAUGAUCAGCAGUUCCACUAUUCAGUUACAUGCUCCUGAUGGCCUUAAAGCCAACCGCAAUGGGGAAUACAAAGAGACACAGUACUCCUUUAAAAAAGUAUUUGGUAUUAAUACCACUCAAAUGGAGCUGUUUGAGGAUGUUGCCAAGCCACUGGUAGAGGACCUCAUCCACUGUAAGAAUGGUCUGCUGUUUACAUAUGGUGUUACUGGAAGUGGCAAGACCUUCACCAUGACUGGCUCACCUGGGGAAGGUGGACUCCUCCCCCGUUCUCUAGACAUGCUUUUCAACAGCAUCGGCCCCUUUCAGGCCAAAAGAUUUGUGUUUAAACCCGAUGAUAAAAAUGGGAUGGAGAUCCAGAGUCAAGUUGAUGCUCUCCUGGAGAGACAGAAGCGAGACAGCCAGCAAUCAGUGCCUAAAACGCCAUCUUCCAGACUGAAGGCUGACCCAGAGUUUGCAGAUAUGAUCAGCUCAGAGGAGGCGUGUAAAUCUGAGAAUGUGGAUGAAGACUGUUGUUACAGCAUCUUUGUGUCCUACAUCGAGGUCUAUAACAACUAUAUCUAUGAUCUCCUCGAAGAUGCUCCAUUUGACCCAAUCAGACCAAAACCACCUCAAUCCAAGAUUCUCCGUGAGGACCAGAAUCAUAACAUGUAUGUGGCUGGAUGCACAGAAGUCGAGGUCAAAUCGACGGAGGAGGCUUUUGAAGUGUUUUGGAAGGGACAAAAGAAAAGGAGGAUAGCGAAUACUCAACUCAACCGUGAAUCCAGUCGCUCCCACAGUGUGUUCACAGUGAAGUUGGCCCAGGCUCCACUUGAUGCUGACGGGGACCACAUUCUACAGGACAAAAACCAGGUGAAUGUGAGCCAGCUGUGUCUGGUAGACCUGGCAGGCAGUGAGCGCACCAGCAGAACCAGAGCAGAGGGAAGCCGCCUCCGUGAAGCCGGUAAUAUUAACCAGUCUCUGAUGACACUGCGCACGUGUAUGGAAGUCCUACGUGAAAACCAGAUGUGUGGAACAAAUAAGAUGGUGCCAUACAGGGACUCUAAAGUUACACAUCUGUUUAAAAACUACUUUGAUGGAGAAGGAAAAGUCAGGAUGAUUGUAUGUGUCAACCCAAAGGCUGAUGAUUAUGAUGAAACUAUGCUGGUGAUGCGCUUUGCAGAGAUGACCCAGGAGGUGGAGGUGGCACGGCCGGUCGACCGGCCAAUCUGUGGCCUUGCUGCAGGACGCAGACAAAGGAACCAGGCCUUCAAAGAUGAGCUGUCACGUCGCCUGGCAGAGCGAGCAGGUCCAAUUAAUGCCGAUGACCCAGAUGUUCUGAAUCAGCUCAUAGAAAGCCUUCCAGCCCUGCCUCCCUGUGAGCUGGUGGACCCAGCCGAUGAUCAGACGUUGCCCCGCCUGAUUGAGGUGCUGGAAAGGCGGCAUCGUAUCCGUCAGAUGAUGACAGAGAAGUUCAACAAAACUGCCAGCACACUGAUGUCCAUGCUUCAGCAGUGUGAAAGUCAGCUCAAUGCAAAGGAGACCUUCCUUCACGAUCAACGAAGCAAACUGAGCGAGAAAGACAAAGUCAUCAUCAACCAGAAGAUGGAGAUAGAACGAUUAGAGAAAAAAUCCAAAACGCUGGAAUACAAGGUCGAUAUCUUGCAAAAGACAACAGGCAUGUAUGAGCAGGACAAACGCUCACUUGAGCAGGAGCUGGAGACUCGGGAGCAAAGGCUGCAGAGAGAGCUGUCAGAGAGAAGGCGCAUGGAGCAGCGCAUGCAGGGCAUGGUGACAGACACGAAACUCAAGUGGGAGAAGGAGUGUGAGAGGCGAGUGAACGCCAAGCAGCUGGAGAUGCAGAACAAGUUGUGGGUGAAGGAUGAAAAGUUGAAGCAGCUCAAGGCCAUAGUGACAGAGAGCAGUGGCGGCGCCGGGGGCAGCGGCUGUCCCAUUGAGCGUCCAGAGAGGCCUGAGAGACCCACAAGGGAGAGAGAUCGCAACAUCGCCCAGAAGAGGUCUGCGUCACCGUCGCCACUCCCUGACUUCAGCCAAACUCCUUUCCACCAAAAUCAAGCCAGUGUUAGGGCAGUUCAGGACCCUUACCCCACCUCCACCUCCACCUCCUCCUCCCCCUCCUCCUCUUCAGCCUAUCCUUCAGUAGCCUCCUGCAUCUCUGAUUGGGAGCAGAGGUUCCCUGUUGGCUCAAGCAGCCAGGCUAGGCAACCUGGGACUCCCCAGCACAGGAGCCGGACUCCCGCCCCGUGCCACAGCACCAGCAGUGUGGGUCGCAGGAGAGGCCAGCGCUGGGCCCCAGAGACUGAGGCCCCUGCUCCGACUCUUGUCUAUGGGCUAGACCUAGUGUACACAAGGAUGGCUCCGCCAGUUCAUCCAAUGCACAGGCGCUCACACUCUGCGGGUGGGGAGAAAUGGGUAGACCACAAACCACACUCUAAUUUGGACCUAGACACUGUGAUGCAGCCAAUCAUACCCAAUGCAAUCAAGGUGUCGACCCCGAACGAGAAAGCUCUUUCUAAAUGCCACAAGUAUGUGCUUAGACAUCAAGAGCUUGCCUCUGACGGGGAGAUCGAGACCAAAUUGAUCAAGGGCAAUGUUUUUAAAACGAGAGGCGGAGGACAAGCUGUGCAGUUUACAGACAUUGAGACGUUAAAACAGGAGUGCCCAACAGCAUCGAGUCGCAAGAGGCGAUCAGGGUCUGGAGAAGGACCAGCUCCAAUGGAGGACAUAGAAAACCGGGCUCCAGUGGCAGGCACAAGUGCAGGCCAUGGGUAUCAAAAACGCAGAAAGCCUUAAGUCGCUGUACACAUGAAGAUUUUGCCUGGCUGUCGGAACAGUGAAGGGACCACGAUGUUAAACUAUGCAUCUUUUUGGCUGUCAGAGCAUUUUUGUAUUAUAUCUGAUCUUACUACAAAUUAUUAGGGUGCAAUUAUAAUUUAAUCAUAACCACAAUGACAUUUAUUGAACAAUUUGGAUUAUGUCACUUGUAAUAUGCUGGAUUAGUGUGCUUUUCUUCCUUUUUAAAUGCUGGAAUUAUUACUUCUUAAAGAUAUUUGCAUAUUAAAUAGCCCAAUAGGAAUAAUCCCUGAUAAAUUUGCCGCCUGCGAUCCAAAGAUUAGAAUAUUUGAGCUUUAGAAUAAUAAAAAAUUUUUGCUUCGUUUUACUUUUAAGUGUCAUCGCUUGCUUUUUCCCCAAGCGGUUGUUCAGUGAUUGGAUGCAUAUGGCUGAUUACAAAAAAUAGAACAGAACACUGUUGUUAGAAAUGUCUAGAACUUUAACUGUAAAUAUUAAGAUGUUAAGGAGGUUUUGUUUGACUCCAUCUUUCGCUGUAAAUACGUAUUAUAACGUCUGUUUUUUGAAGCAACUCCUAAGAUGUGUAGCGCACACUUUUUUGGUGGCAUUAAAUUUAUU